AGCGCACGGCGCGAACAGCCAUUACGACGCACUCUUCUUCCACGGUCCACGGAUUCAUCGAAGCGCGGGAUUCGUUCGCAAUUCGUCGCGUCCACAAAAUUGUUUUCGUCAUUUGUAGCCGGCGUCCUCCUUCAUGAAACCCGCUUCACUUCCGCGUAACCAUCUCGGGUCUUAGACAGUGUGUGUUAAAUGUCAAGAACAGAUUCGGCCUGCUCAAGGGAUUUUAUACAAUGGUGUGCAGCUAACUUUUCUGCUCCCACAUUUCAUUGUUCUCCAUCACUGAUGAAGUGUCCUCCUUGGUUCACUGCUCGGUCAUCUUUGUUCUCAAUCGCCUCUUAACUCUCGUCGUACAUUUUAGCUGAGAGAGAGAGAGAGAGAGAGAGAAAGAGAAAGUAAGAGAGAGAGAGAGAGAGAGAGAGAACAGAGUAAAGAAGAAAGAAGUUUCUGAAGUGUCUAAGAUCUAAAAGAUAAGGCAUCGAACGAGUACUGCCGAAAAUGAGCGUCAUAAUCAGACUGCAAAAUCUGGCGUGGUCCGCCAACGCAUUGGACAUACGCCAAUUUUUCAGAGGUCUCAGCAUCCCGGAGGGAGGGGUCCAUAUUGUCGGCGGCGAAUUGGGAGAUGCGUUCAUCGCAUUUAGUACCGACGAAGACGCCCGCCAGGCGAUGAUGCACGAUGGCGGUAAGAUCAAGGAGAUGAAGAUCAAGCUGCUGUUGAGCUCGCGCGCUGAAAUGCAAAAAGUGAUCGAGGCCGCUCGACAGCAGACCUUAAGUUUGCAAUGCAUUAUGCAAACGGCGCCUGUAGCGGUGCCUCCGGCCGUAGUUCCUGGUAAGCAGCAGCCCGGUUCGCCAACGGACAGGAGGGAUAAGGAUAACGACAGCGAGAUCAGCAAGGAUCGGAAGGACAGGCGUGACCGUUCGAGAUCGCGGGACCGAUCGCGAUCGCGUGAUCGCGACCGCGACCGAGACCGUCGUGACCGGGAUCGCGGCAGAGAUCGACGACGCCGUGACCGCAGCAGGUCGCGCGAUCGUGAACGCGACAGGCGAGAUCGGCGACGUCGCCGGGAUCGGUCCAGGUCACGCGAUCGUACGAGGUCGCGCGACCGCGACUCGAAAAGGGGCUCCGCGAACGAUCGUCGCAAGGACACCGAGGAUGACAACAACGACGUCGUGUGCGUCGGCCAAUUUCACAAGGAUAAAGCAUCGGCGGCUGCGUCGAAAAAGCCGCUCGAGAACGGCAUAUGGGAGGUUCCGCCUCAAACGCAGAUGCAGGCUGCCCUGUUGGCACCCGGUAUUUUAGGCGCCGGCGUCGCCGCUCUGUCCCAGGACUCGGAGACUCAGCGUUCGGCCAUUGCCGGCUUUGGCACUUCCGUGAUAGGGCCGCAGCCGAUGCUGCAGUCGGGACAAUUCUCUAUAAACGGUCUCAACGGCGUUGGUAAUCUUAUGCAACCGCAUGUGCAGGCGCUCGGUCACACGGUGGGCAUAACACCGUUGACGCAGAAUCUAGGCACCGCGAGUCUACCUAGUCUGACUAGUCUGGGAACUCGUUCCAAGGAGCCAUGGAGUCAGAACGAGCAAAGCAGAUUGGACCAGACCGGACGAUUCUCCGGCAGAUCGAAUCAAUUCAAUAAUCAGGAAUAUGGCACGAGCAGCAGCUAUCGUGGCACCAGACCGAAUAAUGCUUUCCUGAGUAAAAUGCAGGAGCUCGAGGGUCGGCGUAAUCCGCAUGCGUUUCAGGCUGGCGCUUCCAAUUUCGGAAACUACGAGAACGAUCGUCAAACGUCCGUCAGGAAGUCCGGCAGCUCGAGAUUCUCCGAUAACAAGAGCAGCGGUAGCAGCGGCGGUCAUUGCGUAGAGGUACGCAACAUGCCAUUGACCACGACGUAUACGGAUUUACGUCACGCAUUUCAGGGUAUCUACAUCAGAAAGGACGGCAUGAAGAUAAUCAAUGAUAAUCACGGUAAUCGUGUAGGUAUCGCGUAUAUCAAGUUUGGUAAGGCCGAGGGUAAGGAACAAGCCCUAAGUCAAACGAGAUAUGUACGAAAUUCCGAAGUGGAGGUACUUCACUUGGACGAAAGUAUUUUUGACAAGGCAGUAAACUCUUAUUCGCCUGACAAGGAGGACGAUGGCGACGUGAGAAAUUCCAUGUGUAUUCUCUUGACUGAACUACCGUCCUUCACCAAAGAAAUGGACAUAGCUAAGCUGUUCCACGACUGGAAAAUCAACGAUCUCUUCAUCACCAAUACCAAGGAGUCCGGCACCAUCCAGUACAUGGCUUAUGUACAAUUCGCACGACUCGAGGAUGCCAAGUCGUCGUUGAACACGACACUGAAGAUCGGCAGCAAGCAGGUGACCGCGACCGCAAUCAGCGAGGAGAAGUUUGCGCAGGCGAAGCGCGAGCACGAGCAAGUGAGCAUGAACCAGACGGAUUGUAUUCUCAUGCGCGGUUUGCCGUUCCAGACAAUCGACCGCGACAUCUUCGACUUCUUCUCAGACAUUGGCAUCGUGCCGCUCUGCAUCCAUAUGAUGCUCAAUCAGCAGGGCAAACCAGCCGGCGAGUGUUUCUGCGAGUUCGACUCGGCCGAGAAGGCGGAACGCGCUAUCGCUAAGAACGGUCUGCCGCUCGGCAAGAACGUACCUACUAUUGAACUAGUACCACGCGCCAAGAUGCUCGAGACUCUCGGCAUGAUGGAGGCGCAGCAGCAGACGCAACAGCAACACUUCCCGCCGAUGGAGCAGCAUCAGAGACCACCACGCUUCUCCGCCGGUCCAUUGGGCCACAUGCCGCGGUUCGGCAAUACCGGUUUCGGACCCCGCUGCCCGCCCGGUUUGAUGGGCAUGCCGCGACAUAUGCUGGGUCGUCACCCGCCUUCUAUGGACUAUGUCGAAGGGUUCGGUAAACCUGGCUGUGUACUAUCGUUGGAAAAUGUACCGUUCAAAGCGGAUAUCAACGAGAUUAUCGAAUUCUUCGGUGACUUUGACGUUAAACGGGAAAAUGUAAUUCGCCGUUACAACGAGAGGGGCAUGCCGACCGGGGACGCGCGAGUGGCAUUCUCGUCACCUAGCGAAGCGCAACGAGCGCUCAAAGAACUCAAGCAUUGCAAGAUGCGAGAACGCACCAUAUACAUGAAGCUGGCGUGAGUUCCACCGCUCCGUCGUGGGCAGACUGACACUGAUACGUGAAGGGACAUCGCCAGUGACAUGUCUCAAGUGGGAACAAAUGCGUUCGGAAUACAAGGACGAAUGUAAUAUUUAAUAUCAGAAGAUGUGUCUUCGGUGAAUUAUUCUAAGAGACGGUUUUAUAUGAGAAUUCUUAAGCGCCACAGGGAUAAAGGACGCUUUGACAGAGGAGAACGUCUUCUUCGUGUAAAAAACCGUACUUCCCUAUUAAAGUGGCGCGAGAUUCCUUAGCGCGCCGAUAAACUUUAUCCAAGUGUACAUAAAACGCAUAGGUUUAAGAGUGAUUAAUUUUCUUCGUUCAAUCAUACUGAUUGCGAAAUGAUCACGCCCAAACUGUAUUUGUCCAUCGUUAUUGAAGAUAUUCAAUCGGUUAUUUUCCGUGCAUCGAGAACUGAGAUGAAGUUACAGGCGCGUUCAUAGUAUUAGAUGAUGAUUGGAAAAACGCACCCGCCGCUAAUGAUUCCUUGAAUGACAUUAGAGGGGAGCGUAGACCAAUCAUAGAAUUUUAUCAAAAAAAUAUGAACGAGCUUUUUGUAAAAUCAGUCUUCUAAAAGCUUAGCUUUUCCAUAAAACGCCGAAUCUUUGUAGACCGUCGUUUUACCCAAGCUUAGGCUUUUUGUAAAAAGGCUGAAUUUAUAAAAAAAUCUGCGAUAUAUACAUAAAUAUGAAAAAAUUUAUUUUGUUUCUUCUCAUUGUUAUUAUUUCGAAUACCAUUGCAAUACCAAAUAACGUCUUAGUUAUGGGAAUGGCGAAAGCAGAGUACAAAGUUAGUGGUUUGACCGGUUGCGUUUGCUUUAUGUUUCAUAUAAAAACAUUUGGACGAACGCGGGUCAAGUGACGAAGACAGGCAACAUGGUAGUAACAACAUGUUUCCUACAAGAGUAUAUGUACGUUACAUACAUUACAUAUCUUAUGUAAUAUACGUAAUAUACAUAUUUAUACUUUACACGAUAUAUAAAAUAUAUGUAUAUUACAUAUAUUAAAUGUACAUAGAUAGAGAUUAUGCAUCCGUCAUAAUCUUGCGCAUAAGUACGUCUACCGCACGUGUGGACUUGUGUAAAAUAAUUUAAGAGAAUGAAUGAUAUACGAAUAAAUUUAUAGAUGCGUACGAUCCACAGGCAUUGUCAUAAGUUUAUGUUACACAAUAAUGAACACACACAUUAAAGACUUCAAUAAAUUUUUAUC